UAUGACAGUCCCACCAUACGUGCCGCCGUUAGGGCCAUACCACGUCACUUAGACUGAUGACCAGCCCGUCGAUACUGCCUCAUAGACGAGCUGGUCACUAGUAUACAGGUCACUGGGAGGUGUGUAAAAGGAAGAUCAAGCACGCGGUACGAACACUGGCCAAGUGUCACAAGAAAAUUGAAAAUUCAUCGGGAAACCUAUAGGUGAUCGGUUUUAAAGUGCACUGAUCCCCAAAGCUUUACCCACAAUUAUGUCUAUCCCAACCACUGAAAUCAUCAUCUUCGGGGCAUCAGAGGCGCUUCGCAAUGACAAGUCGAUUUUACUCCCUGCGUUGGACCUACUUUCACAGGUUGAUGGUGUCCAGAUGCCUGCCUACAUCGGAUUGCAGAUCGAGGACCCAGCUAUAGGCUACGUAUUCCUCAACUGGGAUAGCCGAGAGCACCACGAGGCUGCGAUGGCGGCCCCCUCGCAUGGCCCUCUGCGUGAAUUGCUGAAACCCGCCUUCACGAGCCCGGGGAAGAAGUACCAUGUGAUCUUUAACAGCGACCAUCCCAUCCAAGUCGUACUUCAGCAGCCUGUCACGGAGGUCCUCCUCGUUACGCUCAAAGACCCCAGUUAUCGCGCAGAGGUGUCUGACCUCUUCAUUAAGUUCAAGGAGUCCGCUAAGAAGAUGCUCAUGUUUGGGCCUACGCUGGAGGAUGAGAAUCUGAUGUUUCUUGUUAUCGGUUGGGAGAGCGUUGAGGCUCAUUUGGAGGCGGUCACUCGUCCUGAGCUGCAAGCUCCGAUGGAACGCCUAAGAACUCUAGUCAACCGGGAACAUGUGUCCCACACCACCUUGACCCCCUUACCAAUGAAAGGAGCGGUUGAUAGUGAAGGCUACUGAGGUUGCAUACCACGCAAAAAAAAAUGUAUAUUAUAAGCUCCUGCAUCAGAGACUUUAGUCAUUCAAGCUGCUAAGAAGGUCCAAUAAGAAUACCUGUUGCGCUCAUCUGGCUUCGCUAUCAAUGCUUGCCAUGCCUUGCUCAGACACGCCUACGGAAGGCGAUCAUGACGCUAGCCAAAUUCACUUUGAACUAAAGGGAUGUAGGAAGGGGAGGGUGUCUCACUUCUUGCCGAGGCGGAGGCACCGAAUUAUAGACCACAAUGUGGAGGGGCUGAAAACUCCAAUAGUGAGACACUAGCGGGAUCAUUGGAGGAACAACCCAGAUGAAGGGAGAUUUGCAUACAAGUUGGUUCCAUCUGGA